CACUGCAAUGUCGCUGCUUAGGCUUCGCAUUCCUCGCAAAGAAGACCGAAUUAGUGAUUUACCGGACUCCCUUCUUGAUCACAUUCUCUCAUUUCUUCCAACCAAAGACGCCGUGGCCACCAGCAUCCUUUCAAAACGUUGGAGACCAAUCUGGCGUUCACAACUUAACCUCUACUUCAACGACAGAUCUUUUUCAGGCACUCUCGCCUUUUGCCAAUUCUUCUAUUCCUUCGUCACCAUGCGAUUGCGAGAUAGCAUCCUACCUAUCCUCUCAUUCCAUCUUAAUUUUCAUUACCACUUCUACGACAAAGAUUUUCACAAUUUUCUUUAUGUGCCUAUUACAAGAGGAGUUCAAACUCUAAUCAUCCAUAUCUCCCACUCAAAUUACUCUAUGGCAUUACCUUCAUUUGUUCUAACCAGCAACACCUUGUCGGUCCUCAAAUUGAAGAAUAUAACAUUGAACGACGUUCCAUGCGUUGAUCUUCCCUCGCUCAAAGUCCUUCACUUGAAACAUGUCACGUUCAAAUGUUAUGCAUAUCUCCAAAAACUUCUAUCUGGCUCUCCCAUUCUACAGGACUUGCAAACAAAGGAUCUAAGUAUGAAGAUCCCUAAUCACAGGUAUGAUUUAGGUUUUGCGAUAUCCAAUUUGGUCAGAGCUAACGUUUUCAGUAAUAAUACUAUUGGCCUUGAGUGGCUUCAUAAUGUGGAGCUUCUCCGCAUACAACUGAACAGGAAACCCCCUACAAUAACGGGCAUGUUUCACAAUUUAACCCACUUGGAGCUUAUAUUCAACUUUGACUAUCCAUCAUUCGUGGUUUGGAAGUGGAGUUGGCUCAUAAAACUACUUCAAAAUUCUCCCAGCCUUCAAACUCUUAUCAUUGAUGAGGUUAAUGCACGACGCUGUUCCUUUGUUAAAGAAUGGCAGGAUCCAGAAGUUAUUCCAGAAUGCCUUUUAUCUAAUCUUACAACAUGCUCGCUUAGAAAUUACACUCACAUAAAUUGUGAGCUCCCGUUUGCAAAAUACAUAAUGCAAAAUUCAAGAGUACUAAGCACCAUGACAAUUCAGACUGCAAGUUUCGUAAAGACAAAUACAAAGCUCAAAAUGUUAACGGAAUUAUCUCGGUGCCCAAGGAUUUCAGCCUCAUGUAAACUUUUAUUUAGUUGAGUGAUACUUGAUAGAGCAUGUGGAAAAUAGCAGCCCUAA